AUGACUGUAAACUCAUCCUCGCGAGGGCAAUCUCACGGCGCUUUCGCGCGCGUUCUGUUCGUUCUCGUUUUGUUCGUUUGUUUUCGCGCGUCCUCGGCGCAGCAAAGCUUUAACAAAAGGUUCAUCCGCCGCGACGGCGCGUCGUUUUCUUUUUUCUCUUCUUCUGGUGGUGGUUUGGAGAGAGAAGAGCGCUUUCUCGCGCUCGGUGCGAACGCGUUCGCGUUGCUCUACGAAGAGAACGGACGCGAAGAAGGGCAGCAAAUGGUCGAUAGGGUGUUGGACGGCGCGAAAACGUCCGGGGCGAACGUGUUGAGAGUUUGGGCGUUUUUAGACGGCGAUCGGAAAGAUUUCGAUGGCAGAGCGUUGCAAAAAGACGUUGGAGUGUUCGAGGAGGAGAAUUUUCAAGGGUUGGAUCGGUUGUUACGGAAAUGCGAAAAGAGAGGGAUUCGGUUGUUGCUAACGCUGACAAACUUUUGGGAGGAUUACGGAGGGGUAAAGCAAUACUGCGACUGGUUUGGGGUGAAAGAGAAGAGCGAGUUCUUCCGUGAUGUGAGGAUUAAGGAGGCGUAUAAGAGGUACGUGCGAUACGUCGCGGAGAGGUACAAGGACGACGAGAGCGUGUUUGCGUUUCAGCUGAUCAACGAGCCGAGAAUGGAAUCAGGGGGAGGAGAGAAUGGAAUGGUGAGAGAUGCAAUCAUGAGCGAGUGGUGUCAAGAGAUGAUUCAGGCGUUCAGAGAGGUGAACAUGAAUCACAUGUUAUCGCUCGGUUCGGAGGGGUUUUAUUCUUCUUCUUCUUCUUUCACCAACUCGGCGAACGUCAAUCCGUUUUCGGAUGCCGGAAACUGGGGCGUCGAUUUUAUCAAACACUCUGUCGGAUUUGAUUUUUUGACCGUGCACUUAUGGGUGGACGAUUGGUUGAGCGACGCGAGCGAAGAGGAGAAGUUACGCUUUACUGAUCAGUGGGUACGGCAGCACAUUCGAGACGCGGAAGCGUUAGGCCUGCCUAUUCUUUUCGAAGAGUUUGGCAAGAAGAAACCGAUCAGCGUUCGGGCAUCCUACUAUGAGAGAGUGUACGAGUUGGCGACGGAGGCGACAGUCGCAAUGAUACAGAGAGAAGGAGGAGUGUUUGAGCAACGAACUUCUCUCUCUCCAAGCGCCGGCGGAAUCUUGUUUUGGCAUCUCGGCUCUCUUUUGAAGAAACAAUACGACGAAGACGGGUAUUGCGUGUUCGUGGAAGACAAAGAACACGAACCAAUAUUGAACAUCGUGAAGGUUUAUCACGAUAAAAUCGAAGCGAUACUGAAAUCUGCAACGAUGUCGAAUGUUUUCGUUCCUCCGCCGUUCAUUCCGCCGUUCAUACCAGAAAUGCCGCCUUCCUUCGUUCCUCCGUUUGUAAAGAAAAAGGAAGAGUGCGAUGAGAUUGAAACGAACGCGCGGUAUGAUAUCGCGCCGUUCAUGAGAUACAACGACGUAGACAAUCCCGAAGAGUGUUGCCGGUUGUGCCACAACAGCGCACCCGACGGCCAAGAUUACCCUGCUAAAAAAACUUGCGAAGCGUUUGCGCACGACUCGGCGAGAACGAGUUGUUACGUCGGAGAGGUCAAAGAUCCAUCGAACCCGAAGAAGACCGUAGGUCAAACGCCCGGCGUCAACAACAACCCUGGAUGGACGUCUGGAUUUUCAUCGCACUAUCGGUUCAUUGCCAAUCCGAACAUCGCUCCUCCUCUCUAUUCUUCUCCUCUUCCUCCUCCUCCGCCGCCGAGGAAACCGCCCGAACUCGUCGCGGUCUCCAGUCGAUCGACCGAACACGUCAUCACCGCCGUCAUGGAAUUUUCCGAGAAAAUCGACAACUUCUCCUAUUAUCUCGGCGCUGUGUAUAUCGACAACGACAAAGCGUUCGUUCAAUCUGUCACGAGCAGCUCACGAGUCUUCUUCGCCACGGUCAAGCGCGUUCGCACCGUCGGCGUCAACGCGCCUUUCGGUCCAAUUCAAAGGCGCUUAUCGUUCGCGUACAAAGGGUUCCCGAGCGUUCUCUUUUACGCCUGA